GUCACCGUAUGUGCCCCGGGGUGACAGUUCAGAAGACGAAACUGGUGGUGGCAUCAAUAGCGAUCUCACUCGCUCUAUCACUGCCCCAUCCUUCAUCACCAGAGACCUCAGGUCACGUGAUCCUAGUCAUGAGGAUCUUUUAGGAUCUAUCUCCAGCCUACCGCACCAACCAGAGACUGAAGUUGGAGGACUUACUGUUAUCAACAUUAAACACGCCUUGAGUGAAACUCUUGCUGAUACACGUGCCGAGGAAUCUAACAUCUCUUCUGUUCACAUUGGUGGUGAAGAGAGCAAGAAUAUUGAAGACGAGAGUGAGGAAGGACCAUUUACAAUAACCUUCAAGAACGUCUCUGAAGCACAUCCAGAGUACAACCCCAAAGUAGGCCUAGAACCAGAAGCAGAGGACCACGAAGUUUUAGGGGUUCUUCAAGGUGAUGGAGUAAGUUCUGGUCGACCUCCUGGAGGUGAACCUUGUCUUUACACUAAUCCUGAAUGUAUUACUAAUAUACAUAUUCUAACUGGGACUAGUGAGCCUAGUGUUACUAACCAAUUUAUAGUGAACAACCGAAUAGGAAAUAAUUUAGCAGGAAUUGAGAGUGAUUUCCAAACCCCAGACUCUUUAGAACUAACCAGUGGUGCUUCAGCAAAUCUUUAUCAACAAUCAUCUUCAAGACUAGUUAGGUUUGCAGAAUCUAAAGGGAGAAGUGAACACAGUGAAUCCUCUGACUCUAGUGCUGAGAGAAGCAGUUCCCUAUUUGUUGAGUGUGAUUCAGAUCGCCAUUCUGUAAGUGACGUGUUAUCAGAUGACCUAAAUACACCGAGUGCAAAGUUGGUGGUAGCUCAUUUAACAGAUGUUGAAAGUGUUGUUCAGAAGCGUUCUAUAGUGACUUCCAGAUCUUUUGACGAGUCACCACAUAUACAAAAAUCUUAUUUCGAAAGACAAUAUAGUGAGGUCAUACCUGACUCUAGUUAUUUGGCUCAUGAGCAAGUGAUCCCACAAGAACAAAGAGAGCGUAAUCAAUCGAUAGACUCUAGGUACAGAAAUGAACCACUAGUUGGAGAACCUAAUAGACUUGUGAAGAGUGAAUCUAAUCCUGUUUGUAUAUCACGUAAAGAAUUAAUUAUUGCUGAGCCUCUUCAUCCCAAAGGAUUCGAAGGCUUAACACAGUCUACUGUCGAUAGUGAGCCAGAGAUCCAAAGAUCAUCAGGUCCAGUUAUUUAUAGAAAAGAUUUAUCACCAGACAGUAAUCACACUUCUGCCACAACUGUUACUCCAACUGCAACUAGAACUGUGACUACGCCAGUCACAGCAAUAUCAUCAGUUUUACCUUCUUUGUCUACUACAACUAUUACCAAUAUGACAGUCACCCAGGAAACAGACGAUGGUCUCACAGCAGCACCUUCUGAAGGUCGUUCAUCCACAGCAAGCCCAAUGCUUGACGGCAAACACUGGGGUCCCGAACGCACUGUUGAGGUGCGUCGGGAUGACAAGAACUCCCUUGGCAUCUCCAUUGUUGGGGGUAAAGUUGACCUUAGCUGGUCUGGGUCUUCUGUGACUGGCAUCUUCAUCAAAAAUGUGCUACCAGAUUCUCCAGCAGGAAAAGGAGGUCACCUGAAGACUGGUGACCGUAUCCUUGAAGUUGAAGGGGUUGACCUUCGUGGUGCCACCCAUGAGAAAGCAGUUGAAGUCAUUAAGAAAACGGGAAAUCCUGUUACUUUUGUUGUGCAAAGUCUUGUGCAAUGGACACCAGCCAACUCAGCGCCGCCUUCGCGAGAUGCAAGCCGCCUGGGCACUCGGAUGCCUAACUCCAUCUCUCCUGCUAGAACACCAACUCCAGAACUCAUCCAGGCCAGCACUCCACUCAGCGAAGGCAGCUCUCACCAGCAGCCGAUACAGCCUACGGAAAGACACCAUCCGCCAGACCCAAGAGUAACAUUCCCAGUAGCACCGCCAAUACCAGAGACUUCAACUCCAAUUCAUGAAUUGUAUCCGGAACCAGUGAAAUUUGUGCCAGAAUCUCCAAUAUCGGAACCUGAUGACCCUGACCCAUUAGUUAAUCCAUAUUAUUAUUAUGCUCAUGCUGCUCUUGCACACUGGCAUGAACGUGCACAGAGGACUCAGGAACAAGUGCCAGAAGGUGAUGGAAAUAAUAGUGAUCAAGAAAACAGUACAAGCAGUAGUAGUGCAAGUAGUACAGCAAGUCGAAGAUUUCUUCAACUUAGGAGUUUUGGUAACAGCUCUGAGGUACAGGGACGAACAGUUACAGAAAAUAAAUUGGACACACCUCCAUCAGAUGUUCCCCUGAUGGAUACACCCCCAUCAGAUGUGCCUCCUAUGGAUGAUUCUCCUGAAGAUGAACCUAAACCAAGUGAAGUACCAGUAGUGGAAAUUGAACCAUUGACUAAGGAGAUUCAUAACCUGCAAACAGAACCUGCAGCAGUUCCUCCUCUUCCUAUUAUAACUAAGUGUACUGACCAUAUAGAAAAUGCCCCUCAUCCAACCCGCCUUAUGCUAGAUGAUUUCCCAUUAGACCUGCCCUUGGACGACCCACCAGUAGGUGCAUACACUUAUGACUGGAGAACAGACCCGCACCUUUAUCAGGGCUGGUGGUGUGUGGAAGGAUCCGUCAGCGAACAUUUAGCAGCUCAAGUUCCCACGCAGCCAGUCUCCCCUUACGACAGUCCUGCUGACACACCCACGCCAAAUACCCCCACCACUGACCAGGUGAGGCUGCCCAUCAGCAUUCUGCCCACUCAUGCCUAUGCCCCAAAUCCUCCUAGUUUCCUACAUCCUGAUUGGGCACUAAAAGUUAUUGGGCAUAGCAUGAAGCUAACCUGUGAUGUAGCCCAAAGGGACACUAUUAGUGUGCACAACAUCACUAUCCCCUAACUACUCUCAGUUACA